UUGAAGGGCCAGAGAAAAUUGUUGAAGAAAAGAGGAACGGUUCCAUGGCAGCAUUUCCCGGCUAAAUAAGAGGCAUUAUUACCCACUCAUUUAUUCCUCUCUCUCUCACACACACACCCACUUCUUCGCUACUACCCACGCACGACAAAUUUCUCCUCUUCGAUUCACCAUUUGUUUCUUCCUGUGUUUGUUUCUCUCUCUAGAUCUCGAUCCCCCAUUUUCUCCCCUCCCCCUUACAUACAUAUGCCUUCCUUUAACGAUUAGGGUUUGAUUUUUCCGCUGAUUCUCUCCGUAUGCCUGCCGGAGUUGAAACGGGGUUGAAAAACGCUGUUGAUAUUUAUUUUUGAUUCCUGAUUUUUUGCAAGGUGUGAAUACGUACGUGUGAAUUGUCAAUUGCGGAUUUGUAUCAGGUCUUCAAGGGAAGAUCUGAGUAACAGAGGUAGAGAGAGAAAGAGAAGACGUUAGAGAGAGAGAGAGUGGAGGUUACAGGCGGCGAUUUUUGCGAGGAAAAAAAAAACAAUUAAAAAAAAAAAGGAGAGAUAAAUUUCCAAUUUGUGAAGAAUGAGCGCGUCGAGAUUCAUAAAGUGCGUUACAGUAGGCGAUGGCGCUGUGGGCAAAACCUGCCUAUUGAUUUCCUAUACCAGUAAUACCUUUCCCACGGAUUAUGUGCCUACUGUAUUUGAUAAUUUCAGUGCGAAUGUGGUCGUAAAUGGAGCCACUGUUAACCUUGGCCUGUGGGAUACUGCUGGACAGGAGGACUACAACAGAUUAAGACCACUGAGUUAUCGUGGGGCCGAUGUUUUCAUUUUGGCAUUUUCUCUCAUUAGCAAAGCCAGCUAUGAAAAUGUUUCCAAGAAAUGGAUUCCCGAGCUGAAGCAUUAUGCACCUGGUGUUCCAAUAGUCCUUGUUGGCACAAAACUCGAUCUGCGGGAUGACAAGCAGUUCUUCGUUGACCAUCCGGGUGCUGUACCAAUCACUACAGCACAGGGUGAGGAGCUGAAAAAGUUGAUUGGAUCUCCAGCUUACAUUGAAUGUAGUUCAAAAACACAAGAGAAUGUGAAAGGAGUGUUUGAUGCUGCCAUUAAAGUUGUGCUCCAACCACCAAAGGAAAAGAAAAAAAAGGGCAAGGGACAAAAAGCUUGCUCUAUAUUGUGAUCAACCAGCCCUCCCCUCCGUCGCUCUGUAGAUGUAAUGAUUUAUAUAAAUAUAUAUAUGUAUCGUCCGUCCACUUUUUUAAUGCGUCCCCGAGUGUUAAAAAUCAACACUUGAGGCCACUUUUUUUUGUGCUUAACGUUGUUUUGAAUUGUUUUUUUUUUCUUUUCUUUUUAAUUAUUUUUUUGUUCAUUUAAUCAGACAGAUUAAGAGAUUUUUAUGAUGUUGGUUAAUGCUGAGGGUUAUCUUAUUUUCUUCUAUUC